AUGUGCACUGAUCAUCAGGGCACUGAUGAUCAUAGCCCCAGCAGUGCCACCUGUCAGUGUCCAUCAGUGCCAGCUCUCAGUGCUCAUCCAUGCCACCUGCCAGUGCCCAUCAGUGCCACAUAUCAGUGCCCAUCUGAGCUGCCUUUCAGUGCCACCCAUCAGUGCCACCUAUGAAUGCCAAUCAGAGCCACCUAUCAGUGCCAGUCAGUUCUGCCUAUCAGUGCCAGUCAGUGCUGCCUAUCAGUGCCCGUCAUUGCUGCCUAUCAGUGUCGCCUAACAGUGCCACCUAUCAGUGCAGCCUAUCAGUGCCCAUCAGUGCAGCCUAUCAGUGCCCAUCACUGCAGCCUCAUUAGCGCACAUCAGCGAAGGAGAAAAAUCACCUAUUUACAAAAUUUUAUAA